AAAAGCUCACGAAAUGGCGUCUGCUGCAGAUUAUAACUCUUAUGGACAGGCUGGAGGCCAGCAAGGGUAUGGUUCCUAUGCUGCCCAGCCCUCACAGACGUAUGGUCAGAGUGCACAGCAGUCUUACGGACAGCAGCAGGGUUACAGCUCGUACAGCCAGCCUGCUGAGUCAGCCUAUCCCCAAACGGGCAGCUCCUCUGGUGGCUACAGUCAACAGACCUAUGGCUCCUCCUACGGUCAGCAGCCCCCAGCCAGCGCUGGAUACAGCGCGGCUCCCGCUGCCCCUCAGGGCUACAGCCAGCCCGUGCAGGGCUACGGAGCCAGCAGCUACGACACGUCCUCGGCCGCGGCCAGCUCCACUAGCAGCAGCCAGGGUUCUUACGGGGGACAGGGUGGCUACGGGGCCCAGCCUGCAUAUCCAGGAUACGGACAGCAGCCCACAUCUGCUGCCCCUCCCAGCUACGGCGCCAGCAGUCAGCAGCCGUCUGGCUAUGAGCAGAGCACCUACUCCCAGCCCCAGCAAAGCUCCUACUCCCAGCAGCCACAGGGCAGCUACCAGAGCCAGCCUGGAGGCUACGGCCAGCAGGGUGGAUAUGGUCAGCAGGGCGGGUAUCAGCAACAGGCCCCGCCUCCUCAGCAGCAGCCUCCUCCCUCCAGCUAUGCUCCGCCCUCUGGGUCUUAUGGCCAACCUCCUACUAGCCAGUAUGCCCAGCAGGGUGGCGCCGGAGGCGGGUACGGCCAGAGUGAAUACAAGCCUCCCAGUCAAUACAGCAGUUACAGGCAGGACCAUCAGAACGGCAUGGGCGGAGGUGGCUACUCGGGUCCGGAGAGCGGUGGAUACGGUGGCCCUGGGGAGGGCCGUGGAAUGGGUGGGGGGGACAGCCGUGGGCGUGGCCGUGGGGGGUUUGACCGGGGGAUGAUGCGUGGAGGAGGUGGAGGGAUGCGAGGGGGCAUGAGCCGAGGAGGCAUGGGCAUCGCUGGAGACAGAGGUGGCUUCAUUAAGCCUGGUGGACCAGACCUGGACAUGGGACGGCCAGAAGAACAGGAUGAUUCGGAGAACAGUACCAUUUACAUCACUGGGCUGACCGAGAACGCUACGCUGGAAGAAGUGGCCGAAUUCUUCAAACACAGCGGAAUCAUCAAGAUAAACAAGCGGACAGGUCUCCCAGCUGUCAACAUCUACACAGACAAGGAGACGGGCAAACCUAAAGGAGAUGCAACGCUGUCCUAUGAGGAGCCUCCUAGCGCCAAAUCAGCUGUGGAGUGGUUUGAUGGAAAAGACUUCCAGGGGAAGAAGCUGAGGGUGUCGAUGGCUCGGCGUAAGCCCAUGAUGGGGAUGCUUCGUGGGGGAAUGCCUAUGAGAGGAGACAGGGGAAUGGCCGGCCGUGGAGGGAUGAUGGGGCGUGGCGGCAUGGGCCGAGGGGGAGACCGCGGAGGCUUCAUGCCCCGGGGGGGUCCAAGGGGGAUGGGCCGCGGAGGACCCACAGGCGGCAACAUGCAGCAGAGGGCUGGAGACUGGCAGUGCCCGAAUGCGGGUUGUGGAAACCAGAACUUUGCUUGGAGAAUGGAAUGCAACCAGUGCAAAGCACCCAAACCUGAGGGCUUUGGGCCGCCUCCUUUCCCUCCAGGCGGUGACCGAGGGCGUGGCGGUCCCGGCGGAAUGCGCGGCGGCCGCGGGAUGGAUCGCGGCGGCCCGGGAGGUCUCGGAGGGCCUGGAGGUUUCCGUGGAGGCAGGGGAGGUGACCGUGGUGGGUUCAGAGGAGGCCGCGGUAUGGACCGAGGAGGUUUCGGAGGCGGACGAGGUCGCGGAGGACCCCCCAUGGAUGACAUGGGCGGCAGAGGAAGAAGGGGGAUGGGACCACCAGGCAAGAUGAUGGACAUGAAGGGAGAUCACCGUAUGGAGCGGAGGGACAGGCCGUACUGAUCUCAUCGCUGACGUAGACUUUCCGUUUGUUACAGGAGCUAUUUUUCAAUGAUUUUAAACUUGUAAUUCUGUAUUUAUAAAUGGUUAGUGUGGAAAACACAGCUGAUCUGCAGGUAGUCCUCAGCAACCUUUUAUUAUUAUUUUUUUAAAUGGUUUUUUUUUGGUUUAUUUUAGUUUCUUUCUUUUUUUUUGUCUUCAUGUUCUUGUCUUAGAGCGAGAAUGUUAAGUGGAACCAGUGACAAGCGCAUGCUGUUUCAUGUACAGAUUGGAUUUGUGGGGGGUGUUUUUGGAUUUUUUUCUUUGAGAUGUGAAAAGCGUUGUGUUUUUUUUUUUUUCUUUUUUUA